AUGACAUGGUUGUGCUCGUCGUUGAGUUUCUUCAGCGUUUCCAUCCAUGCCUCCUUCUUGUAUCCAGAGCGCUGUAUACAAAACGGCACUGGGUACACGAAUUUGACGUCGUACAUUGAGCGCGAACACCCCGAGUACCAGAACUAUGACGCCACAGCCCCGAUUUCGGAGCACAAUCUGUUCAUGCCCCUGUUCUCUCACAGUGUGCGGAACGUGUACGGCUGGCUGGCCUGGAUUACGUCGUCGCUGUUGCGCUUCAAAUUUUGUGAAAACGACAUGGCUCGCCGCUACUCGAACAUUGGUCCCAUCAGGAACAAGACGCUCAUGAAAUGGAUGCACCAAAUGUGUCGUUGGUUGGAAGCGAAGCUAAAGAAUACCCUGCCCAAGUCGUUUGCCAUGAGCAUGGCGGCCCGUGGGUUGAAUCGUCGCAAGUUGCUGCAGGCCCGGAGCAACUACCUCGACUGUCAUUUCCUUCGACCGACGUCGAACGUGUGCGAGCGACUGUUCUCUGUGACGAAGUGGGCGAUGACCGACCGCCAUCGCAGUGUGCUGCCAUCAAACUUAGAAGAGCAAUUGCUCAUCCACUGCAAUUCAUUCCUUUGGGGAAGCGAGGACUCAAGAGCGUCAUGGAGGGUGAAACUGAUGAGUAGGGUGUAG